UCAUCUACACAGUUCACACAUAGUUUCAAAAUUUGAUUCGCUUUACUACCCAAAAACGAACACGAAACACAAAAACUUUAGUUCUUCUUCUGUAGCCACAAUUUCGAUAACGGGACGGUAAGGAAAUACAUGAACGAUGAGCGACUCGAAGCGUCAGGUGAAAAUGGUGGCCGAGCGGGCACUCGCCAGUCUCGUGGAGCGGGCCAAGCGCCUCCAGUUGACCAGCGUCUCCAGCGUGCAGCUGAAUAGGUUCGCCGGUGAGCAGCGGCCACAGCCGAAGGAGAGCGAGACUGAGCCGAGCGCUUCGGCUGCAGUUGGUGGGCAGGCAAGGAAGUCAGCGAAGGGCAGCCAGUCCGGCCACGGGUCGGCGACACAGCGAUCUCUGGCCACCGCAAGGAAACAGCGCAAAAUGGAUGCGGAGCCAUCGCCACCGCCGCCGCCGUCGCCCCGUGAGCUGGGCGUGAUUGCCGAGCUGAGGGAUGACUUCUACCAGACCGACCAGCUGCUCGAUCAAAUGCUCGCCGAUGCCCACAGACUCCACCGGGACAUGAUCUGCUGCACGCAGCAUCAGCGCGAUCUCGCGCUCGUCCAGCAAAUCGAAAUGGAGACCACAACCCGCUCCCUGGACUCCCUGUUCGGGGCGCUCAACGAGGACCUGGGACGCAACGAUCUGCGCGAGGUCAUGGAGCGCUGCAACACCGCUCUCAAGCGCAGCAAGCAGCGGCUAUGCAGCGCGCUGAUCAGCGAGCCCUCCGACUCCAACUCCGAGUCCAACUGCCGCCAUUCCAAUGACAGCAAUUCGCAAGGCAGCUCCAGUGAUGGCAACUUAAGUAUCAACAGAUCCCGAAAUAGCAACAAAAUCACAGCAUUCGAAGGUAUCGGCGAGACCAUGAAGAAGUCGGGCGUGGUGCAGGAGGCGCUGCUGAUCCUGCCGCUUGAGCAGCGCGAGUCAUCGUCCGGGGACUGCGACGGAUCGACGUUCCUGGCCAAGCGCUGAAGCUGAUGCUGAUUUUCCAUUUGAUUCCAUUUGGCUUAUCACCUAGCAUAGGUUUACAAUAUUCGAAAUGUCGCUUAAAAUCAAUAAAUUCCCGUUGCACCAUAGAA